AUGAGAAUUCCAAAGCCUAACUUUCUGCAUUCGGUGCCAUUGUCAGUAUGUGUGCUGUUCUUGUGUUUCUGCUCCACUCGAGCCCAAUCAUCAGCAGUAGAGCCACUCGUUUGCAUCAGUGAUGGUUGUAUAAGAGGAACAACCAGGAUAGAUCACGGAAAUCGAACAUACUCAGCCUAUCUCGGAAUUCCCUAUGCGAAACCUCCAGUCCGUGAGCUACGAUUUGCGAAUCCUGUGCCCAACGAUCUGUGGGAUGGAAUUUAUGAUGCCUCAAAAGAAAAGGAUAUCUGCGCUCAGAAAAUUGUAACUUUGAUUUUGGGCUCGGAAGAUUGCCUCUAUCUGAACGUGUUUGUACCCGAAUAUAAUACAUUUGAUAAUGGCGGACUGUUGCCAGUUAUGUUGUACAUCCAUGGAGGAUCAUUCAGCCGGGGUGCAGCUUUUAUCGCCACACGUGAUCCAGUGCGACUGAUGACCACCAGGAGAGUGAUUGUCGUUACUAUUCAGUACAGGUUGGGUGCAUUAGGAUUCCUUUCCACAGGAGACCUCUCGGCUCCCGGCAACUUUGGCAUGAAAGAUCAGGUUCUGGCGAUGCGAUGGGUCCAAAGGAACAUUCGUGCCUUCCGUGGGGACCCGCAGCUUAUCACUAUCUUUGGAGAAAGCGCCGGCGGAGCUAGUGUACAGUACCACAUGAUCAGCCGCAUGAGCCGUGGUCUGUUCCAGCGCGCUAUAUCCAUGAGCGGAAGUGCGUUGUCGCUUUGGGGCGUUCCCGCGAUGAUUUCGGAGUCAUGGUUCCUUUAUCCGAUGGUUGGCAGCAUAAAACAGCAUCUAGCGAACCGGAAACCGCAACCCACCAGUGUCUAUUCGUUCGAGUUUAAAGGAUGUCAAUCCCACUCGGCACGGAAUACUAACACCACUACAGAUUACGGCUUAACGCAUGAGGAUGAAAUGAUAUACAUUUUCCGGGCACCAUUGUUCUUCCCGAAUGAUUUCCCGGUUGGCUCACCCGAGGCGGAAAUGUCCCGACAGUGGAUCAAGUAUCUCAUCGAUUUCGCCGCGACCAGAAGUGCUGAUGAGGAAAUGUUCAAGUUUUGGAGCGAUUAUUACAAGACUGGAGGAUCGUACUAA